AUGGAGAAAGCAGGCGAUACCUACAACAGUCAUGCGGCUGAGGAAGCCGGUUUCUCGUCUGCCCCAACGGGUCUCCCGAAGUCCACAAGUGGUAGCACAUUGCCUCCAUCCGACAGCAAGCCCGGCGCCACCUCUUCCCCUUCCCCCUCCUCGGCUCGCACCAUAACGGGGAUACGGUGGAUCGGGGUAUGCAUCCCACUUUACGUCUCGCUGUUUGUCUACGGCUUGGACGCUACCAUCGCCGCAGAUGUGCAAUCGACGAUCGUGGAGCAGUUUGGGGAGGUGGACGAGCUGUCGUGGAUUGGAUUUGGAUUUCCGCUGGGGUCAGUGGCGGUGAUCGGUGCGUGCGAUGUGUUGUACGCGCGCUUUCACAUGAAGUGGUCCUAUAUUGGGUCGACGGUGAUCUUUGCGGCGGGAUCGGCGCUGUGCGGUGCGGCCCCUAACAUGGCUGCCCUGAUUGUUGGUCGUGUCUUUGCAGGAGCAGGGGGUAGCGGACUGUAUAUGGGCUGUCUCAACUUGUUCACCAGCUUCACCAACCCUAAGGAGCGCGGCGCCUACAUCACGGGCACGGGCAUCACUUGGGGCCUGGGGGCGGUGCUGGGUCCGUGGGGGUGGGCCGACGGGCGUACCAUCGCGACCAUCGUGGUAUCUGCGGUCCUGUGGGUGUUGUGGGGGGUGCAGCAGGCCUGGUGCAUCUUGACCACGCUCGAGGACCGAUGCGUGCCAGUCCAGCUUCUUCGGUCUCGGUCUCAGAUUCUCCUGUACGUGGCGACCUCGAGCACCAUUACCUGCCUCUUCAUUGUCGUCUACUAUGUGCCCAUCUAUUUCCACUGGGUUUACGCCGUCGCCAGCCUCAAGGCCCCCGGCCAGGAAGGAGGCGCGCUCUGCCUGCAGAACUUCGCUCAGAUUGGCGGCUCCGUCAUCGCCCUCGUUAUUGCUGGCCAAGCCUUCCAGACCUAUGCACAGAGCGGGCUAACCGCGGCCCUUGCUGGCACCGGCUACACUACCGCCGACAUCCAGAGCAUCGUGACUGGCGCGCAGAGUGCUCUAUUCCAGAACCUUGACGCCGAGCACAAGAUGACGGCCAUCCUGGCUUUUACCAAAGCCAUGCAGAAGGUGUUCAUUCUGGUGUGUGUGGGUGGCGGGACCCAUCUGGUUGCCAGCCUCUUGAUGAAGGGGGAGAAGCUUGCAGUGUGA